CUCUCUCUCUCUCUCUCUCUCUCUCUCUCUCUCUCCUCUGCAGAUUCUCUCUCUCGAUCGAACUCGUCCAGGGCUUUCUGUAUGCAGAUUUCGUCUUGAUUUGAGCUCGUCCAGCAUCGGUUUCUAGGGUUUCACGCCUCGAAGCUCUCCAAGAUGAGAAACUGGUAAAGAUGCGGAAUUGAAGUGGAUAUUGGAUUUUUCUCAAGGGGAGCAGCGGAAGAACUGAGGCGAGGAAGUAAGACGGGCGGUGGAAAUGGGGAAAGUAUCGCCGAAAGAGAGGGAAACGAAGGGUUCGAGGCAGAAGAGGCGGUUGCGGAGCUCAAGCAAGAAGUAUCUUAAACCCGGGGCUCUGGCCCAGCUCCGAUACAGUAGAGGCUCCGGAGCCAAGUCCUGUACCGAUAUUGGGAAGAAAAGGGUUGGUGUUCUGGAUGCUAAGAAGGCUGAGAAUGACGUGAUACUUGAAGAUAAAGCAGUUGACAAAAGCUCCCUUCUGUUGUCCCCUGUAAAUUUGGUUAAUCAAAACAACUUACUGUGGACACCGAAGACACCUCGUGACAACGAUUGUAAAACUGAAUCCAGGCUUGAGGCUCUCCCCAUAGACGUACUGGUCAAAAUACUCUGUCACUUACAUCAUGACCAGCUAAGGGCAGUUUUCCAUGUCUCUCAAAGGGUUAGGAAGGCGGUCUUGAUUGCAAGGCAGUUUCACUUCAACUACACUACACCAGAUCGCUCACGACAAGAAAUGUUAAGAGCUAUGACUCCUCGCCCAACGGAACACUGGCCUUUUAAAAGGGGUGAUGGGAAGGGUGUUUUUAUGCCGAGUCCACAUACUCCAAAAGCACCAAGGCAGGGUCCACGGCCACCUUCUCGUAUUAAGUUGGCUGAGAUGCGGCAGAUUGCUGCUGUUCUUUUCCAGGAAUCAACAUUCCCUUCCAGAUGUAUGGUACCAUCAGUUUUAACGAAGCCUCUAUGCAAGUCCUUGGCAUCAAAUCGGGCCUUAUUCUAUGAGGAGGAGUUAUGUCAGGCUGUUGCUCAAAAUAAACUUCGUUGAUUCUUUCCUGUGGCUUUUGGUCACUGGGUGUUAUCAUAUGUAUAUAUUUUGUUUUGCCUCCCUCUAGGUGUUCUUAGAUAGGAUGCUGGAUGCAAUUUUGUAGUUUUGUUGGAUGCAUUAGGUGUUACGGCGAUAUGAACUCCACCGGUACUUGAUAUUAAGACGAUAAUUGUCUGGAUGUGGUGGUUUGAACUAGUUAUUGUAUAUUCUUGUGUGGUUGACAAGAAUGGCCAGCUCUUGAAGUAUAUACUUACACA